AUGUCUUUUACACCUCAUCUCACCCAUCGUCCUUCCGUCAAGCGCUCUCGAAUGCACACAACACCCGCAAAGGUUAGUCUCUUUGCUCCGUCGCUUUUGGACACUGUUUUCGGCGUCUUGCGCGGCUGCACCUUUUUCUUGGGGACGGACGGACAGGCUUGAGGACGGCGCAGGCCGGCCGAGGCUCUGCUGAGCCUGGGAAAAAGGAGGCCAGUGCACCACCCCUUCGGCAACAGUGCUUGCUUGACCAUCUUCAGUCUGGUCCUCCGUCACGAAGCUGACUUGAUUGCAUUUAUUAUACACUUCAAACUCUACUUCAACCUUUCUGUUCUCCCUAUUCAGCCCAUGACUCGCUCUCGGACGCUCUCUCGCCUCGCCAAAACAUCGAUCGGGCGCAUUUCGCGCUUCCUCAACACGGGCGGCGGCGGCGGCGGUGGCGGUGGGGGAGGAGGGACCGGCACGACUGCCGUCGGUUACACACGCAGUCGAUCCGAAGCGCCUUUACCUCCUCUACCUUACGCCGUCAGGACCGCCGCGCUCGUCCCGCGUCUCUACAGAGCCGAAAGUUUCGAGAAUGUUCCUUUAGCCGAUCAUGGUGUCGGUGGGGCACCCAUCUCUCGCAAACGGACUUUGAAAGGUUCCAUCUCGUACCCCGUUUUACGAAGCGCCACCUGCGAGAGUGUGUACGAGUGCGAUUCCGAGGAUUCGAAAAGGCUGGGUUUUAGUACACCGAGGUCGAGUCCGCCGGUCGCGAACGGUUUGAAGGCGUAUAGGAGGGAUGGGAGGGAGAGUUCGGGGCGUUCGAGUAUGGCGGAUGAUGAGGAAGAGUUGGUGAUUACGGUGUCGUCGAGGAAAGAUGCGGGGAACUCCAAGACUUCGAAGAAUGGGAGUCCGCCGUCGCCUGCUCCGCCGGCAACGCCGGCGAAGAGUGUGCAUUGGCCACCUCGCAAAAGCUCCCUAGCCACCGAAUACGAAUACGAUCCCAACGAAUGUUCAUCCAAGACCAGGGUCGACCCUCUACCCACCCCCACCUCAUCGAACUUGUCAGAAAAGGGACAACGCCGCAUCUCCGUCUCCGCUGCUAUGGCUCGAGCUCAACAACGCCACACAACGUUCCAUGAGCGCGAUCUUGAGACAUGGACUUCAUUCAUCAAUGAAUCUUUCGGCUCGUUUGACUCUUCGCUUGCACUUGCGACGUUCGAUACAUCCGUACCUGUAUUGACCAUCGUCGAUUCGGAGGACGAUCGAAGUGGCGCAAGAUCGCCGGACGCAAGGAACGUUGGUGACUUUGUACCCCUGACGACUGGGGACGGUGGCGCCACUUCAUCCGAUCCCCGCCCGCUGUCUACAGCGUCGUCCCUCUUCACUUCGGCACUUCAUUCAGGUCGACUCUCAGCCAUGUUGGACUCGACCCCCACGCUCAAUAGACCUACUUCCUUCUGUUUGUCGCCUAAGGGAAUGGAAGAGCCCUCGACGUUCCCCUUCGACGUGACGACGAACACGAUGGACGAAUCCUGGUUAUUCGACGAGAAUCGCUUUUCGUUCCUUUCGUACCCUUUUAGGAUCGAAGGCGAACUUUCCGAACCGGGUGAGCAAUUCGAGGAAGAUCGCGAUUCCGUCACUUUGGAGUGGCAAGGGGAAUCUGGAGCUGAUGGGGCGACGGAGGUGGGGGAGGGGAAGAAGAGGCAGAAGACGACGAUUUCGAUGAUGUUGCAGUGGUGUCAGAGCCCGCCAUCGGAAGUAUAUUUGGUCGAUAGGGAGGAUGUGGAGGGGAUGGAUGAGCAGGAUGGCGUCGAGGAGCACGAGGAAGAGCACGAGGAGCAGGAGCAGGAGCAGGAGGUGGAGAACGAGGACGAGGAGGACGAGAAGCUCCUGGAUUUGGACGGACUAUCCGAUUGUUUCGACGUCGAAAUUGAUUUCGAGGUGGCGAUGGACCCUACUAUUUGCGGUGCGAGGCAGUCGAAUCGACCUGUGUCCCUGGAUGCUUAUCCGUUUCGUAGGAUGAGAGGUGAUGAUUGGUCCGGUUUGGACAGAAAGAUUAGGAAUACGAUGUGA